AGGCCAGGACGAGACAAGGCAGCGGCUCUAAACUCUGGCACCGUGCUUUGUAGGAGGAGAGGUGAAGGAGGGAACAGACAGAGAGAAGGAACAGUGGAGAGGAGGGGGAGAGAAACAGGGAGAGGAGGAGUGACAGACUGUGGAGGAAAGGAGGAGGAGGAAAAACCGUGGUGAACUGAGGAAAGGAAGAACGGCAACAACAAACAGAGGGAGGACCUACAGGAGGAGAAAGUGAGAAAGGAAGAAGGAGAGAGAGCAAAGUAGAAAAGGAGAGGUUUUUGAGGGAAGAAUGAAGGCGCUUCAGAAGAACCAGGGGCGGACAGACCAGAUGCUGGGUGCUAUGGCUGACAUGCUGACUUCCUUGGCAUUGCCCAAUCAACAGUGGCCCGCAGAGAACAAUGACGCAGCAACAGAGCCCCCGGUGAGCCAGGAGGAGAAGAAGGGGGCAGGAGGCCCACGACACUUGGACCCAGCUGGGCUAGAGGACUGGGAGCAGGGGUCCCCCACACAAGACCACCUGGAGAGGAGAGGAGGAAGAGACAGAGCAGACUCAUACUCAGCGGCGGGCAGCGAGGGUAGCAUCUCCACCUCCGUGGCGUCCCUGCCCCCGACCCUGACGGCGUCCAUUAGCUCCGCCCCCAACUCCCCGGGCUCGCGGCGUUCCGUCAGCACCCUGAAGAGGUGGCUGACCAAUCCCGUCCGCAAGCUGAGCGCCGGGGCCGUCAACAUCUCCACCAGCGCCAAGGGGGAGCGGCAGGACAGGAAGUUGGAUGGGGGAAGCAAGCCCCCUCCUCCUAUUCCACCCCCACGCCACAGUCAUGGCCUGGGCCUGGGCCUGGGAGGGCUGGGGCUGGCCAGCCCCCUGGGAUCAGAGGACCACCUCACCACUGUACUACCCAUCACACACAAAGAGAUGGAGUGCAGGUAUAAUUUGGCCAGUCCUGAGGAUCUCUCCCCGGCAACCCUAAACUCUCCCAGCUACCUGUCUGACUCGCUACAAGGCUGUACUUCACUGGCCUACACACAUGAUACUCAGCCCACCAAUGUCUAUCCAGAUGACAACGGCUCAGUGUUGACGGACGACACCUCCAGCCAAUCAUCAGCCGCAGCUGACAAUGAGGAGAGGAGGAGUGCCUUAGAGAAGAGCAUGUACGUACUGAAGGAACUCAUAGAGACAGAGAAACUGUAUGUGGAAGACCUGAGGUACAUAGUAGAGGGCUACAUGGCCACUAUGAAUACCAAGGGCAUACCUGAGGACAUGAAGGGGAAAGACAAGAUUAUAUUUGGAAACAUUCACCAAAUGUUCGACUGGCAUAAAGAUUACUUCCUGGGGGAACUGGAGAAGUGUAUAGCAGAACCAGAGAGACUGGCUCAACUUUUCAUAAAGCAUGAGAGGCGUCUCCAUAUGUAUGUGGUGUAUUGUCAGAACAAACCCAAGUCAGAGCACAUCGUCUCCGAGUACAUCGAGACUUACUUUGAGGAGCUGAGGCAACAUCUGGGUCACAGGCUACAGCUGAACGACCUGCUGAUCAAACCAGUACAGAGGAUCAUGAAGUACCAGCUGCUGCUCAAGGACUUCCUCAAGUAUUACACCAAAGCCGGGAUGGACACAGAAGAGCUCGAGAAAGCGGUAGAGGUUAUGUGCUUUGUGCCCAAACGCUGUAACGACAUGAUGAACGUGGGACGACUGCAGGGCUUCGAGGGUAAAAUCACGGCGCAGGGGAAGCUGCUCCAGCAAGACACUUUCACAGUGGCGGAACAGGACAGCAGCUUCCUGUCCAGAGCCAAGGAGAGGCGGGUCUUCCUGUUUGAACAGCUGGUCAUCUUCAGCGAGCCAAUCGACAGGAAGAAAGGAUUCUCACUUCCUGGUUACACCUUCAAGAGCAGCAUCAAGGUGAGCUGUCUGGGGGUUGAGGCUCCAGUGGAGGGGGAGGCGGGCCGAUUGGUGCUGACCUCACGGGGGGCUGACGGGACUGUGGUGAGAUACGUGCUGCAGGCCGCCUCCCCAGAGGUCUGCAGGGCCUGGGUCAACGAUGUGGGACAGAUCCUGGAGAACCAGAGGAACUUCCUCAACGCCCUCCAGUCUCCCAUCGAGUACCAGCGCAGAGAGGGAACCAACAAGUCUAACAGCCUGGGCCGGAGCAUGAGAGCCCCCCUGUCUUCGGCCAGCAGUCCCCUGCGCCCCCACUCCUCAGCCUCCAUCGACCGCCAGCGCCUGCCCUGGCUCCGGUCCUACAACACCUCCCUCCCCACCCUCUACCUGCCCAGCCAGGGGGGUCAGGGAACGGGCCUCCAGGGCCCCGCUGAGACACACACUCCCCGGGAGUCUCCUCUGGUCAGUAGGAACUCGCAGACAACAGUCUCGCCAUCUCACGUCCAGCUGGCUUUCACUGACCCGUCUGGUCUGUCUCACUACUCUCAGACCCAGACCUCCCUGCAGUGCCAAGCGGGGUCCAGCGGGCUGCGUAGCACACAGCAGAGCGCAGGAGAGGGCUGCAUUACCAGGGGCCUGCCUGGUGAGGCUGUACCUCCUCCUGGAUCUGUCUCUGGUCCAUUGGCCGGCAAGCGCUCCAGCAACCUGGCCCAGCUCAAUGAAGAUGACCUAUGAACCCUGACCCCUAGGAGGAAGGAGGUUCACGGACCACCACAGCUACAGAGAGAAAGAAGGAGAGCCUCCUCUAGGCUUACCAUAUGUUGAUGCUAUCGUUAACUUAAGGGUCCUUUUGAAGGUGGAUGGGGUGCUUCUGUAAGGAGCAAGGACUGGAUGGAGACUGCUCUUCUGGACUGUUGCUACUGCUUUUUCAGACUGUUACCCGGCGGUUCACCGACAGUCUGAGAGACAUAAACCAUGGUCCUAAUGGAAUAUACAGUAUACGCCUUUCAUCUGAUUUUUCUGAGCGAUGUGAUUUGAGGUUGAAGACGUGCCUCUGCAUGGCACCACUAAUGGGUGGCACCCAGCUAGAUGUUGCAAUGGCUGAGGUUACGAAGGACACUCAAUGGACAUUAGGUAUUAUGAGGACUUUGCUUGUUUCAUUAUGAGGACUUUGCUUGUUUCAUUAUGAGGACUUUGCUUGUUUCAUUAUGAGGACUUUGCUUGUUUUAUUAUGAGGACUUUGCUUGUUUCCUUUUCCAUUUUGGAGAAUUUCUAUACAGUAUAUAUUGUGCUGUCUGUCAGGGGGCUGUGGGAUUUGUUCAAAGGAAGAAAAAAAAUGUCCAUUCCUGAUUGGGGAGGUCACUGGAGAAGUGUCUGUGUGUGAGUGCGCAUGCUGCAGGCAUGUGUGUGUGCGUGUGUGCGCAACAUGCGUCUGUGUGUGCAUGUGUGGGUGAAAUGCGUCUGUGUGUGUGUGUGUGUGUAAAUAUGUGCGUAAAUUGUGUGUGUUCUUGUGUGUGUGUGUGUGUGUUGUGUGUGUGUACAGGAUUGGCGGCUUCUCUUCUUGUAAACAAACAUGGAUCUGAGGAGCUCUACUUUUCAUUCGACUCUCUUUCUACUUUUCUCUCACACUGCUGGAUUCUUCCGACAACUACUUCUAUUCUCAGGCUGUUUAAAACAUGAAGUCAUUCCUCCACUGAGCGUAUACAGUGCGUGACUCUCUGUAGACACUGAGGAGAGAGGACGGGAUAACAGCAAAUGCAUUUGAUCUGUAUAUAUGUGGAACAUUGGAUUCAUCUCUCAUGGAACAGAAUGGUUCUUACCGCAGAGAGUGUUUCCGGUGGAUGAGAACGAGAGAACUCUCCCAUGUUCUCUUAUUCUGUUUGACCCGAAGUGGUCUCUUGUUUGAUCUGGAGAUUCCAGACUAAAAAGGAGUGAGGGAGCCGCCUGGAGACACUCUACAGGCAUGACGUCACUCUACUGUCACUUCAGACUUAAUGAUCUUUCCUUUGAUUCCUUCUCUGCUCCCACCCUUUCUCUGUCUCUUUCUCUAAAAGUCAGAGAGAAGUGAGGACAUGAUUACGUUGGGAGAGAAGAGACGGGGAGAGGAUGGGUGGAGAGGACACAAGGAAUCGAGGAAAAACUCAUUGAGAUGUGGCGAGAGUGGUGGCCAUGCCAUAGCCAGCCUGACGAGAACGCUAGGGGACGGAGACCGGCUGGUAUUUCAAACAUAUGUUUUUUGAUGACAGGAGACAUGAAGGGCUGGUAUUGAAAUGUGGUAUGGUGUCACACAGUCUGUCACUGAAGUCCAAUGGCGAUGUGCCACAGCCUUUUGCUGUAUCCAAUAAUCUCUGCUGGCUCUCGCUACUCCAGCACGUUAGUACACGCCAUACACCUGGCUCAGGCUUACAUCUCUGGUUCUUAGAUAAAGGACAGCAGUUUAGAGACAGUUAACUACUUGGGUUGUUGCAUCAGUUGACACUGUGGAUAUCAAGUGCUUCAUCUGCAUGCUCUGUGCUCAUCAAAGUGAGACUUUUGCCAAAGGCGGGUGAUUUUAGUACUUCAUGUACUUCGGUUCAUACUGCUACUCUAAUAUAUUGCCAACUGUUGUUUUUGGUUUUUUUUACACAUCAAAAAUCAAAUACAUGUAGUUGUGAUUUGUUUACUUCAAUGCCCGACCUUUCAUCUUCUGAAUAGAACAACAACAACAAAAACGACUGUAAAACGAGAAGAGAUAGAAGAGAUGAUUUCAGCUCUUGGUGAAUUCUUCUCUGUUACCAGUAGAGGUCAGUGUAAGGCUUUCAAAUACAGAUGGCAUUCAUUGGAGAUUAGACAGCUGCAUCAACGAUCAAUGUCUUCAAGUUACAAUGCCCCCUCGAGCUAAAUCUGUUUAAAAUAUCUAAAUUACAGUGACUGUUUAAAUUCAGAACAUAAAAAGUUUGGUCCCGAAAACUCCAUCUCAACUCCCCAGUGCUCGUGGACUAAGGGGUGCUGUUUGUAAAUUGGACGUCAUAGUGACGAUUAUUGCUCUGGCAUUUUGUGCAUGUUACUUAAAUAUGAAGAAUACCCCUACAGAAAUGAAGAUAACUAAAGAAGAAGAGCAGGAUAAGGGCUAUAAUGAUGCCAUGUUUGACUGAAUAGAAAUGGUUGUAUUAUAUCAAAUAAAAAGUAUUUGAAUUAAGAA